AUGCUAAGAUAUUAUAAUGGCGUUAAGCGUUUUUAUUUUUCAUUACCCUGCUCAAGAGAACUAAAAAAUAUUGUAAAGUUGCCACUAUUGGAAAGGGAAGAUAGUAAUAAGAUUAUAAAUAUAUGGAUAGAUAAAUAUAAAAAUAAUAAAUAUGUUAUAGCAGAUUAUGUAAAUACAAGUAAAUAUGAAUUAGUGAAAAAAAACUGUAAAAACAAUGCCCAUUUUAUCAUUCCAUGUAAAAAUCAAAAUGGAUAUAUAAACUUUUAUUCCCAAUUUGUUGAUGAUAAACUUGUGUUUAUAACACCCCUUGAAUCUUAUAAUAAACUUCGAUCUAAUUCAGUACCAUAUGUUACAUUAAAUUUUUUUGAUGAAUUAAAAAAUAAAGAAAUAAUAUUAACAAAAUUAACUAUUGUAAAUAAUACCAUAACAAAAGACCAAGCCAAUAAGUUUUAUAAAUAUAUUCUGUCCUUUUAUUCUGACUCGAAUUAUUUUCAGUAUAUAAAAAAAUUUAAUAACGACAGUAGAAAUUUUAACUAUGAUGACUUUUUUAAUAAGUUCAAACACAUCUUUUAA